AUGGAUAUAAUGCCAUUAUGCAUUCAACGACGAAUAUCAGUCAGUGACAGGUUCCUCUGUGCAUAUACUGGAUGCCCAAAAUUUCGCCGAGAUUGUCAACAAAAUUACGUUUCUCAAGCAAUAUUGGGAGAAUAUAUUUAUCCGGAAAUUGACCAAGUAUUAGAUUCGUUAAGAGG